CUGUUCUCGCGAGAGUUCUGCGAGAGGUUCCCGGUCGUUGCCUGGAGGAUCGCGGCCACAGGAGCCCGAGCGGGCGCUGGAGCGCGAGCGGCGGUCGGGCGAGCAAGCGUCCGGCCCGGGGAGCGGCUGCGGGGGGACGGCGGCGGGAGCAAGCUCGAGCCGCACAGCCGCCGGCUCCCGCGCGUUGCCGAGGCUCGUCGGAGCCGCCGCGGCUGACAGGGGCCGCGCGCCGGGGGGUCGCAGCCUCGGCACGGGCGCGGGCGGCGGGCGAGCGGGCGCAGAGGAGAGCGUGCGGCUGCAGGCAGGGGCCCCCCGCUCGGCCACCUCCUCGCCCCGCGGCCGCCGCUGGAAGAUGUCUCAGGAGAGGCCCACGUUCUACCGGCAGGAGCUGAACAAGACCAUCUGGGAGGUGCCCGAGCGGUACCAGAACCUGUCCCCGGUGGGCUCGGGCGCCUAUGGCUCGGUGUGUGCUGCUUUUGAUACGAAGACGGGACAUCGUGUGGCAGUGAAGAAGCUCUCGAGACCGUUUCAGUCCAUCAUUCAUGCCAAAAGGACCUACAGGGAGCUGCGCCUGCUGAAGCACAUGAAACACGAGAAUGUCAUCGGUCUGUUGGACGUGUUUACACCCGCAAGGUCCCUGGAGGAAUUCAACGAUGUGUACCUGGUGACCCAUCUCAUGGGGGCAGACCUGAACAACAUCGUGAAGUGUCAGAAGCUUACUGAUGACCACGUUCAGUUCCUCAUCUACCAGAUCCUCCGAGGGCUGAAGUAUAUACACUCAGCUGACAUCAUUCACAGGGACCUAAAGCCUAGUAACCUAGCUGUGAACGAAGACUGUGAGCUGAAGAUUCUGGAUUUCGGGCUGGCUCGGCAUACUGACGACGAGAUGACCGGCUAUGUGGCUACCAGGUGGUACAGGGCGCCUGAGAUCAUGCUCAACUGGAUGCACUACAACCAGACAGUGGAUAUUUGGUCCGUGGGCUGCAUCAUGGCUGAGCUGUUGACUGGAAGAACGCUGUUUCCUGGUACAGACCAUAUUAACCAGCUUCAGCAGAUAAUGCGUCUGACGGGGACACCCCCUGCUUAUCUCAUUAACAGGAUGCCAAGCCACGAGGCAAGAAACUACAUUCAGUCCCUAGCCCAGAUGCCGAAGAUGAACUUUGCGAAUGUGUUUAUUGGCGCCAACCCCCUGGCUGUGGACCUGCUGGAAAAGAUGCUUGUUUUGGACUCAGAUAAGAGGAUCACAGCAGCCCAAGCCCUGGCACAUGCCUACUUUGCUCAGUACCAUGACCCUGAUGAUGAGCCUGUGGCUGACCCCUACGACCAGUCCUUUGAAAGCAGGGACCUCCUUAUAGAUGAGUGGAAAAGCCUGACGUACGAUGAAGUCAUCAGCUUUGUGCCACCGCCCCUUGACCAAGAAGAAAUGGAGUCCUGAAAACCUGGUUUCUGUUCUGUCGAUCCCACUUCACUGUGAGGGGAAGGCCUUUUCAUGGGAACUCUCCAGAUAUCAUUCAAGUGCCUCUUGUUCAAAGAUCCUUCAUGGUGGAAGGGGGUGCAUGUAUCCACAUAGUGUGUGUGUGUGCGUGUGUGCGUGUGUGCGUGUGUGUGUGUGUGUGUCUGUCUGUCUGUCUGUCUUUGUGGGUGGUAGUCACUGUGAUAGCAGUGACUUCGUGAGUCGUGAAUGCUCCAUGGCAGCCUCUGCCUGCUUUCUCAGAGUCUGGGCAGGCAGAUGGGAACUGCUAUCUUGUUAGGGAUGUAUUAAGUGCAAAGUAAGAAAUAUUAAAAUAUCCCUGUUCCCAGUUACACUUUUGCCCUGCCUUUCCCACACACCACAGUGGUACAAAGAGGCUGUGUCCUCGUGUCCCGUGUGUGUCCCCCAUCCCUCCCCCUGCCCCCACUCCACCCCCUGCUCCCCGCCAUGCAGACAGCCGAAGAGGACCUGGGCUCUUGCCUGUGAUUGGCUUACUUGCUAAGGUGGUCCUCAGAGCCUGACAGGUGUGUUCACAGCUGUCAGUCAGUUUGUGCCUUAAAAGGAAAAGGACGCAUAGAUAGUCACAGAACCGCAGCUGCUGACGUUCUGAGCCAGGCGAGUGCACAAGGCUGUUGGGUGGCCAGUGGUGAGCUGGAAGAAACCAGGCAGCCUUUGGGGAGGCUGUGUGUGUGUGUGUGUGUGUGUGUGUGUGUGUGUGUGUGUGUGUCUGUCCACCUGCCCUCCCUCUCCUAGGAGUGAGUGGUAUCCAUGCUUACCCUUCACCUCAGUGCAGAGGUCUCCAGUGCCGGGCGCAGGUUCCCGCCGUCACCCGCUUCCUGUGUGCUCUUCACAUGUAGCAGAGUGCAGGUGUUUGCAUGCCAUGCUCUUGGAGCUGCACAGCCCAUGUCUGUCCUUGGGAAGCCCAGGCCGGCACGUGAAGACUUCUGGCGGUUCUAGUCCACGUUGCCUCAGCUGAUGCUGUGGGCAGGCUACUGCCUCCUCACUCCAGCGCUACGUUGUGUUGAACACGCUGAUCCUCCAGGUGCUGUGGUGCAAGGAUACAUGGGACGGACAGAGCACCUGAACUCUUGCUUGCUGUCUGACCGUCACCAGUUCCAGGGAAGGAGGCCUCUCCUGAGAAUGUCCCCAGCCCUGAAAAUCAUGUUCUCCUCACUCGUGAUAACCAGCUAAGAAAUGCUGAACCACAGUGAGGACCAGAGGCUCGUGAGGCUGGGGCUCCUUUCUCUGUCCUUCUCAGAGUAGAGUUGUUAAGAACAAAACCGUGAGUCAGUGGCGCCUCUCCUCAGAAGGGUCCUCCCAGAAGCUAGACACUGACUGGUUCUCGGUCUUGGUGUUGAUUAGGGAGAAACAAUUUUGUCUUGGAAUUUUGUAUGUUGUAGGAAUCCUUAGAGAAUGUGAUUCCUUCUGAUGGGGAGAAAGGGCAAAUUAUUUUAAUGUUUUGUAUUUUCACCUUUAUAAAGAUGAAAUCCUCAGGGGUGAAGAACUGUUUGCAUAAUUUUCUGAAUUUUGGGCACUUUGUGCUAUAUGAGGACCCAUAUAUUUAAGCCUUUUGUGUAGUAAGAAAAUGUAAAGCCAAUUCCAGUGUUGGCCGUGACAGGUCUUGUAUUUAGGUCAAGGUGUCUCCAUUCUCUGUCAGUGCAGGGACGCAUGCUCCAGGCAAGCAGGGUAGGACCCCAGAUCAUCCAGGGCCCAGAAGGAAGCAGACUGGCCAGGCUUUGCCACCUCAGUAUGCAAUUCGGCUCCUCGCCAACCCAGCAAGAUGCGUUCUAGUGGCCGUGUCUGGUUAUGAAGGCAAGUGUGAUUUCCAACAGAAUUCUGCUCGGAUUACUUUAUUGAAGAUGUCUUUGCACAUGUGACCAUGCUGUGUUAAGAGGCCAUGCUCCAGGGCCCGGACUCACUGGAGCUGGCCGAAGAGCUCCUGGCAUCCAUAGCCAAAUGCUGCCAUCUCCAGUUUCUCUACCAGAAGACAAUGGAAUGAGGGAACUGCUGUUUUGUUUGUAUUCAUGAACGUGGCUGUAGUUCCAGAUGCCAUAGGAUGUCAGACAAUACCACUGGUUAAAAUAAAGCCUAUUUUUCAAAUUCA